AACUUGAAAAUGGACAUCCAUUUUCGGGUGUCCUUGUACUUUAGUGUCCGCGGCACUGGUACGUUCACAAGGACGGCAGGAUACUUGCUCUUCAAGAGGAUGUUCUACGUGGCAUUUCUUCAAAAAGCUGAUUUGGUCCCUUUUGGGCUGACAGCAUUGGGGAAGACUCAAAUUCGAAAAGACAUUCUAUAGUUCAGCCGAGAAAGAUGCGGGUAUGGAAUGUUCAUAUUCAAGGUGGAGAUGUUGAAUGGCGCUCGGGUGUUUAUCUUAUGCCGCAUCUGGCUUCUCCAUAUUAGUGAAAGGGAAAAUAUAUCCAAUUGUCAUGCUCAUGGAUGUGAUGAGCAAAAACACCAAAAUCUUGCACUUUCAACCGCAAGCCCAUGGUGCUUGCAUCCCUCAUCGUUGGUAGUGUACCCUAUCGCAAUGGUACAUGCAAUCUCCCUGCGCAUGAUUCGAUUAUUCUAUGGCAACGGCCCUGAAGGACGUUACUCUCACAGGCGUGCUACCCAACACUUUUGGACUCAAUCAAGAUGAUGUCCUCGACGAGUUCUACGAGAAAGCUGGCAGCUCGAUAUCGCUAAUUUCUUCACUUAUGCUGGGAGUGCUGGAUUGUUUGAUAGCAUUCGCAGGGAGCUUUUGUAUGAUGGUGAAUAUCCUCAACUGGAAAUUUAUCAGCUCAAAGUGUAUGGUAUACUGUUUCUUCGAACCACGAAGGCAAUUCCAAUUCCCCAGCGAGGAUAACCUAACCGCCUUUCUUACUGCGUAUGAAGGAGGGUCAUCUGUAGUGGUCAAUCGUGGUCAU